UUGCGAAAUUCUGUAAUCCUCUUCAUUUUGGCUUCAAAUAAAAUAUUGAAAACAAAAAUAGCAUUUAGAGUUAAUUUGGAUGUAAAUACGGAAUUUACCUUUGUUCAGUAAUUGAAUACAAUUUUUAAAUUACUUGUUUGUAUCUGUUUAAACUGGCAACAAGAGUGAUUUCGCGGGAAUCGUAUCAGUCUAAAUAAUCAUUCUUUUGAAAAUUGUUAGACAAAAUGUAUAUUAAAAGUCUGUGUAUCGAAGGUUUCAAAUCGUAUGGAAAUCGGACCGAGAUAACGGGCUUUGAUCCCAUGUUUAAUGCAAUUACUGGAUUAAAUGGUAGUGGUAAAUCAAACAUAUUAGAUUCGAUUUGUUUCGUCUUGGGUAUCACAAAUUUAUCCCAGGUUAGAGCCACUAAUUUAAAUGAACUUGUGUAUAAAAAUGGUCAAGCCGGUAUAAAUAAAGCGACUGUUACAAUAACUUUUGACAACAGUGAUGAUACUACAAGUCCUCUUGGUUACGAAAGCCACAAGGAAAUAUCCGUCACCCGAAUUGUUAUAACAGGAGGCAAAAAUAAGUAUUUAAUUAAUGGAGUUGGUGCUAAUAACAAUCGUGUACAUGAUCUUUUCCAGUCAGUACACUUGAAUGUGAACAAUCCUCAUUUUCUGAUUAUGCAAGGCCGAAUUACAAAAGUUCUGAAUAUGAAACCCAUGGAGGUAAGAUUUUAG